AAUUAAAAACUUAUGAAUAAAUAUCCAACUAAUGGUGAAAAUAUUAUCUUAACUGAAGAGAUGAAGCUUGAUGCCCAAAAUUACUUCUAUCGUCCUUAUCGCACAGGAAAUUGGCCUGGCACUAAGAUUCACUUUAAUUGAAUGAUGAUACACAACAGGAAGUAUCAUGGAAGAAUGCUCGAAGAUAUUAAUAUUUGUAUUACCAGAUGGCCUAAAGAUUCUGAGAAUACAUACUCUAGAUUUAUUUCUUCUUGAAUCUUUCUCUCUAUGUAUAAAUUUAAUGAAAGAAGUAUAUCUAAAUUUCUCAAAACAUUAAUUAUAUUUACGAUUUUAUAAAAAUAUGUAUAGCAGCUGGAAUAAACGAGUUAUGCAUAAGGCCAAAAAAACUCUGAAGAUAUUUAUGAAAUUAAAACAAUAUUGCCAUCAAUUAUAAGAAUUGUACUCCAUUUGAUAAAGGAACCAUACUUCUCCCAUAUAAAGUUUUGACAAAAACUAGCAACCACCUUUUACACCAGGAUAUGUUUAACUCCCUCACUGAGAUUUCAAAAUGUAUUUUGCACACAGAGAACAUAAAAAUAUUUCCUGACAGAAAACACUCUUCAAUAUCUCACCUUCCAAGAAUGCUAUAAUCCUUCAUUAAGUGAUUAGAUGGGCUCCCUUCCAGACUUGAAGUAAUUUUUGCUUUUUUACCUUAAUCUUCUCUUAUCGACACUCUCCUUAACUCAACAUCCCUAACCUAUAUCUCUGACUCCACUUUUACCCCAAAAUCCCCACCAAAACCUUCCCCUUCCCACAAACUCCCUCUGAAUCUCCCACUCACAAUCCACUCUCCCACUUGAACCCCAUCACCCCUCUUCCAAACACUCGAUCUCUUCUACCUCCGCUUAAAACCUAUUAUCUCAAAUUUCUACUACCAAAACUCCUUUUCUCUAUUUCUUCCUGGUUUAAGUAAUGCUGUGGCUAGUUUCAGAGGGAUCAGGAAGAAGAUAAGGAGUUGGAUGGGGAGGAAGGUUUAGAGGAUUAAGGGAGGGUAGAGG